AUGGCGGCGUCUUCCGUGUGUCUCACCGACCUCACGCUGCCAGCUGGCAGCAGCGCAGCGGCAGCACGUGGCGCGCCGCGGCCAGCGCGGAGUACGCGGUAUCACUCACCCCUGCGGAGCGGCUUUCUCGGUUUGAAGGCUGAAGGAGGAAGCGCGUCGCCCGUCGUCGGCUCGUCUAAGGGACCUCAGCUGCCUAACAUUCGCGCCGAGGCCGGCCAGUCCGUGCAAGUCUUCGUGCGCGUGGCGCGGGGAGACUCGCUCCGCGUGCUCGCGCGCAACUUCAACUGCGCGCCCGCGGAUUUCAUCCGAGCCAACACCGAUUUCAUCGCCAACAGCGGCGACGUUAUUUACGAGGGCGAUCUGCUGCGCGUGCCGUCCUUCGCCUGGACCGGCGCCGCGCCGGCCGGCCUCGAAGACCGCAUAGUGAUUAAGAACGUCGAGGGGACCGCCAGAUUAGGCGCCGCCGUUACUGCGGUGAAGGCUAAGGCGCAGGAUUUUAUUACGUCGGUGGGGACGGCGGCGGGGGGAGCCGGGGGCGCGGGGGGGAUUGGCGGAGCGCAGGGCGGAGUGCUGCUCGGGGCGAUCGGGCUGGCGCUGAUUGCGGUGGGCGGAGUGGCGAUCGGGCGGAAGAAGUCCGCCAAAUCGGCUUCCGCGGAAGCAGUGGCGCCGCUAGCGGGAGCAUCCGUGGCUGCAAAAGGUCCUUACUCUGACGCAUCUGAACCCACGCCUCUCCCCAACAAGCUCCUGCAAGCUUCCGUCCUCCCCACCGCUGGCGCUGCUACUGCCACAGCUUCUUCUCUCGAAACAACCGGGCCUUAUUCAGACCCUUCAGAAACCGUGAAGCUGCCUACCCCUGUCGCUGCUACUGCCUCUGCUUCUGCUGCUGCUGCUCCUGCUAAGGCCACAGCUGCUGCAGCAACCGGGCCGUAUUCCGAUGCUUCAGAGACCGUGAGACUCCCUAGUAAGACUAUGCAGGCGUCUGUUCUCCCCUCCUCCUCUCCUGCUCCUCCUGCCAAGACCACCCCAGCAGCAACCGGACCGUACUCUGUUGCUUUGGAGAUUCUCAACGCAUCUCCCAAGCUACAGAAGUCCGCCUCCCCCUCCUCCUCCGCUGCUGCUUCUGCUGCUGCUCCUGCUGCUCCUGCUAAGAGCUCCAUUGCAGCAGCAACCGGGCCGUAUUCCGAUCCUUCAGAGACGGUCAAUCUGCCCAACAAGUUACGCCAGGCGUCUGUUCUCCCCGCGCCUCCUGCCGCUAAGAGCGCCACUGCUUCUCCCGCUGUAACCGGACCGUAUUCUGAUGCUUCAGAGACUGUCAACCUACCCAACAAGAAUCUUCAGGCCUCUGUCCUCCCCACCCCUUCUUCCUCUGCUGCCGCUGCUGCGCCGUCAACCGUCAAAACUCCCGCUGUCCCCUCCUCCCCUGCUGCCCCUGCUGCUGCUCCCACUAAGGCCCCAGCAUCCGGGCCAUAUUCCGAUCCUUCAGAGACGGAGGAGGAGAACUGGCGCAGGAUUCAGGCGCUCAUCAAGUCGUCCAUCCCUGCACUCGCUGUUGGGCUCGGCACCGUCGCCACCGUCACUGGCGGAUUUCAAGGGGCCAUGGAGGCCAUAGGGCUCACGGCAGUCACAUCCUUUAUUGGAUACGACCUUCUCUGGGCUGAGCAGAGGGAGCGACUGCUGAAGGACCUGAAGAGCAUCAAGAGUCCAGACGACGUCAAAAAGUUUGUGGAGGAGCGUGGCAUCGCCCCCAACGUCGAGGGACGAGCAGUCGAGGCGUGCAUGGACGCUCUUAAGAUAGAACCGGGCUGCGUUCGCUUCCCAUUCGAGGUGGGGCGAGAGCUGCACGGCUCUCUCUUCUUCACCAACCUGUCUGAUGCACCGCGUGUGCUCAGACUCUCGUUUGCAGCCAACAGGCCGUAUGGCAUCGUGGAUGGGGACACCUUCCUGCUGCCUCCCAAUGCCUUCAAGGAGAAGAAAGUCACCUGUGGUGCUUUCGCCAAGCGGCCCUUCUGGUUUCCCACCGACUCGUUUCAAUUGGAGGUGUAUGCUGCUGCCACUUUGGAUGAGGUGGCCAGUCGUCCCGAAUCAGCACUGGUGGGGCGCAAGCAGCUGCCAGUGACGUUCCUAGAGUCCAGCGUGCAGACCCCCAGCAUGCCGCGCUCGCCCUCGCAACCCCCAGUAGACCCAUCGCAGGUGGAUCAGCAGCAGGCGCUGGCAUCAACGCAGGCAGCGCUGCAGCAGUGCGAGCAGUCGCUGCAGGUGCACCGAGAGGCGCUGGUGCUGCUGACAGGCAAGCUAGACCACCGGGGGGACGAGCUGGAGGCCGCACGGGAGAAGAUUCAGCAGCUUGAUGAUGCCCUCGCCACGGCAGAAAGGCAGCUGGCAAAGCUCCAAAGAGAGGCCGCCAUUCGCCCCCCCGUCAUGCCAGGAAACCUCUCCUCGUCCUCCACCUCCUCCUCCUCCUCGUACUCCGAAGCACGGGAGCUGCAGCGUCUGCAGGGGCUGCUAGAGGCAGCAGAGGAGAGGGCCAAGGACGCCAACAGUGAGUCGCGGCAGCUAUAUCUCGAGUGCGAGGGGCUGCGCAGACAACUGGAGGAGGAGCGGCAGCGCAGCAGCAGCAGUCUGCAGGGAGCGCAGCAGGUGGAGGAGAAGCUACUGGAGGCACUCGCUGCAGCAGACAGUGCCAGGCAGCGCCUGGCAGCAGCGCUGCAGGACAAUGCAUUGCUGGAGGAGGCGAAGGUGCGCGCGGAGAGGGAGCGGGCGAGCGUGCACAUGCAGAUGCGGGCGCUGCGGGCGGAGAAGGUGGAGGUGGAGGGGCAGGUGGGGCGCCUGCAACGCACCCUGGAUAAACUCCGCCUCUCGCAAGUGCCCCGCCUGCGACUCAUUGCCGAUCUGGCAGCGACGCGCAUGAAGGGGGAGCGGCUGGAGGAGGAGAAGGCGCAGCUGCUGCAGCACAUGCAGGAGAUGGAGGAGGACCUGCGCCGCACUGCCCGUGCACAGUCGGGCGAUUGCAGUGAGACUUCCUCGCUGUCUGGUGUUGAAAGUGUGGGAGGAGGGGCAGAUGGAGGGAUGGAGGAGGCAGGAGCAGCAGCUUCGGAGUCAACAGUGACAAUCCUGGAGCAACAGCGGCAGCUAAUGGAAUUGGAGCAACGGCUGAGAGAGGAGGAGGAGGAGAGGUGCAGGGAGCUGCAGGAGAGAGUGAGGGAGGCCGAGGAGCGAGUGAGGGAGGCGGAUGAGAGAGUGAGGGAGAGCGAGGAGAAGGCACAGGAGGUGGAGGACAGGGAGGUGGAGGUGGUGGAGUGGGAGAAGGAUCUGGAGGAGAAAGAGAAGCAGCUGGCAGCUAGAGAGGCACUGCUGAAGAGCGGCAGUGUGGCGAGCAGCAUUGGGAGCAGGAGGGGAGAGGAGGGCUGGGAGGUGGUGGGAGGAUUCAGUGGGUCGCAAUUCGACCAGCAGCACGAGCAGCAGAGGGACACGAGCGGAUCGGCCCAAGAGGAGCGCAUGAAAGAGCAGGAGGAGCGCGUUAAGGAGCAGGAGGGCGCGAUCCUGGACCUGCUGGGGAAGGUGCAGGAGCAGCAGCAGCAGAUCACGGCUCUGGAGGAGCAACGACGAGAGCUGCAGCAGCAGCUCGAUACCAGCAGGGCUGCUGUGGUGGAGGCAGAGGAGAGAGGCCAGGCAGCAGCAGCUGCAGCUGCUGUUGCUGCUGCGGAAGCAUCUGCUGCAAAGGGUGGCCUGAGCAUGGCAGAUGACAAUGGGGAUGCUGCUGAUGCUGAUGAUGAGGUGCAGCGGUUGCGGCAGCAGGUGCAGGAGCAGAGGCGGCAGCUGCAGGAGAACGAAGAGUCGUUUGACCGAUGGGAGAGAAGCUACGAUGAGAGUGAGAAGCAGGUGGAGUCCCUAAAGCGCAACCUAGAGCGCAUGGUGGCAGAUGCAGAUGACUUCAAGGCUCGCAUCCAGCAAGAGGCGCAGAGCAGCGUAGACGAGUUGCAGAGGCAGCUGCAGGAGGCCGAGGAGGCGAGGCAGAAGGCAAGGCAGGACCUGGACGAGGCGAACCGGCGAGUGGAGCAGCUGCAGGCGCAAGGGGAGCAGGCGGAGCAGCUACAGGCGGAGCUAGAGGCGCUGAAGGGGAGAGUGCGCGCAGCAGAGGAGGAGGUGGAGCGCGCGAGGGAGAGGGAGGAGGGGCUGAGGGCGGAGGUGGAGGUCAAGGAGGAGGAGAUGCAGGUGCUGCAGGCGGCACUGGAAGAGAAGCGCGAUGAAGUUGAGCAGGCAGCAGCAGCGCGUGACAUGCUGGCAGCGCUGCAGCAGCAGGUGCAGGAGAAGGCAGCAGCGGUGGAGAACCUGGAGGCUGCUCUGCGCCGCACUGAAGCGGACUUCCAUGAGAGUGAGAAGACGUGUGACUAUCUCAAGACCAGGCUCGCAACAGUGCAAGCAGACCUGGAGGCGCAAGUGCUGGCAUCCACGGACCAUGCAGUGGCUGACGGCUCUGCCAUGCUGCAGCAGCAGAUCGACUCGCUCCGAGCCGCACUGGACCGCAAGGACACAGAGCUUGACCAGGCGAGCGAGCGGCUGGCAGCAGCAGAGAGGCAGCUCGAGGACGCACGGGAGGUGGCUCGCCGCGAGACAGAGCAGCGCGAAUUG